AUGAGCCGGGGGAGGUGGCUCCGCGGCGCCCAGCGCCCGCCGACGGCUAUAAAAGCCUCCGGGGCCGGGGCCGUGACCGGCGGGGUGAGGCGAGCGGCCCGGAGGAGGAUGGAGGGCGGCGGGAUGGGGCGCGGCUGCCCCUGCCCGCCCUCGGCGGCGCUGCCCCCGCAGGGAUACUCGCCCCUCUCUUCAUCCUCCCCCUCCUCGCCCCGGCGCGGGGCGCGGCCCAGCCCGGCCCUUGCAGUCCUGCCCUCGCCCCCCGGCUCCGCGCCCUUCUGGAGGCCCUGGGUGCCCGCUGCGGGCGAGACGGGAUGGCGGAGCGGCCCCGGCCCCGGCGCGCCUCACGACCCCCGCGGGCUGGCGGGAGCCCCCCGAAAGCUGGCGCAGUACACCCACCCCGUCAGACUAUUUUGGCCCAAAUCAAGGUGUUAUGAUUACUUAUAUCAGGAAGCUGAAGCACUUCUGAAAAACUUUCCAGUUCAAGCCACAAUCUCCUUUUAUGAAGACUCAGACAGUGAAGAUGAUGAAGGUGAACUGGAACAAGAUUCAAGAAUGGAAUCGGAUUGUUGAUUGCAGGAAAGACCAACGCAACUUAAGACUUAAUUUAAACUUAAUAUAAAAAUGUAUUAUAGUAUUUUUAAAGAUAAUUUAUUUGUAUGUAAGUUAUUCUUAAUAAAACUGAAAUG